UAUGUGUAAUAUCUACAAAGUGAAAAUAAUCGAUUUUAACCGUCGCAAAGAUUGUACCUCGAAAUUUAUAGAAAUUUGUUAAAAAUACAUUUCAAAAUAAUCAUUGCCAAACGCAAGUGACACAAAAACAUAUUUUGGCUACUUUGUAUAUAAAUUUCUUUCUGUGGACCGUUAAAAUAUUGAAUUGGAAAAUGUAGAUGUCCAAUAUCAGAUUUCGAGUUCACGGCCAGUUCAAAAACAGUUUUGAUGAGAAAGUGGAAAUGAAAUAGAUCUUGCUAUCCCAAACAGCACCAUCGUUUGUCUGUAAACGCUGCUACAAUGUCCAAACCGCCCACAGACACCUCCGGUCUGGGUUAUUCAUACCACCUGCCAUCCGGUGGUUUACUUUUACGUCUCAAGAAUUCCCUCUCACAAUUUAGCGAUCUGUUCAGUGAGUUCAAUAGAUACAUUGCGCCGGCCUACCAUCAUGACCGGUGCGAGCGUUCUGUACAUAUGCGCCUCUAUUCGAUGCAGAAGCGCGAAUUUGUCAUGGUCUUUUUGGGAUUUCUCAUAUGUUUCGGUUUGGCAAUUGUAAUUGGCCUCACCGGACCGCCCAUCACCAGCACAUCGGCAAUCACAGCCAAAAGUAUACUUGCAAAUACAUCGUUGGCUAAUAGUAAAACAGUGCUGGCCACAGGACCAUUUGCAAUGAAAUCACCACUGAUGACCACAUACUCGCAGCAACUGUGGCUAAUUGCCAAAUUAGUGACAGACAACAAUGAUGAUGAAAAAUAUGAUAAGAGUUUUCAAGUGAACAUCGGUAUAGAUGGCAUAACAGAGCAGCACAAGCCUCUGAGCAUUCUGCGCGCAGAUUUGGUUCGCAAUCGUACGCGUCACUUGUCCUGCAUUCGGAACGAUUGUGAGGAGUUUACUAUUCUGCACUUGGGAUUUCUAGAAUAUGCGCAUUACAUCAUCACUGUACGCUUCUAUGGCCUGGAGACAUUCCAUCUGAAGUAUAAUAUAAGGAGUAUAACCUUUUACUUCAAAACAUAUAGUCCCGAAUUUACACAAAUUGAAAUAUGGUUCCGCUUCAUAUUUCUUCUCUUCACAUUCAUUGUAAUUUGCUGGUAUGCGCACACAUUACGCAAAUAUCCCAUCUUCGAUUGGUCCAUCGAACAGAAAUGGAUGUCAAUAUUGCUGCCACUGCUCCUAUUGUAUGAUAAUCCUUUCUUUCCAUUGAUUUUCCUGAUGAACUCUUGGCUCCCUGGCAUGUUGGAUGCCGUGCUGCAAGCCACAUUCCUCUGCUCGUUGCUGAUGUUCUGGCUUUGCAUAUACCAUGGCUUACGUCAAAACGAAAGGCGUUUCAUAAGGUUCUACCUGCCAAAGGUCAUCGUUAUACUACCUAUAUGGUUGUGUGCCAUUGUAUUGGCCACUUGGGAGAAAUGCAACGAGCUACGCGAUCCCACCUACAGUCACUUUGUGGACACUCGAAAUUAUAAUGGCUUCAAGCUGUUCUUCUACAUUGCUGGCUGUAUGUAUAUACUGUACCUGGCCUUAUUAGUUUUACGCGCCUACACUGAGCUUAGAUCGAUGCCUUACUUUGAUAUGCGUCUGAAAUUCUUAACGCUGUUAAUGCUUUUCGUCAUUUCGAUUUCGAUAAUUGUCACAACGUGCCGCUUUGGCUUCGGUAUAUUGGAGGAUAAUUUUGUGGCCACACUUAAUACCACCUAUCAAAGCUCGGCGCAGUUUAUGUGUUUCUAUGGUCUUUUAAACUUCUAUCUGUAUACCAUGGCGUAUGUUUAUUCGCCAAAUGGACGCUUUUCGCAAGAAAUCUCUGUUACCAAAGAUAAUCCAGCAUUUUCGAUGAUUAACGAUUCUGACGAGGAGGUGGUUUAUGGCUCAGAGGAUGAAUCACGACGUCCUCUUACCGUUGGAAACAAAAAUGAUUAUGAUAGCGAUUAAAUAGCUUUCAGAUUUUCGUAAAUGCUAUUAUUAUAUAUGUAUACAUAUAAUAUUAUAUAUAAGCAGAUAAUAUUAGAAAACAAUAAUUUUUGGGUAGGCAAAGAAGAAUAUAAGAAUUUUGUUUUUUCAACUCGUUUGUGCCAUUGAGUAAAUUUCUUUUAUGGUUUGAAUUUACUUUGCACAAAUAACUAUGCACUAUUUUGUUAAUUAUUUUAUAUUAUAUUUGAAAUUAUUUUCAAUAAACUAAUUUUUUUACUCUUUAUUAUUUAAUCGAAUCUAUUAUUUGUUCUAAUUUAUUUAUUUAUUUACUUUUUUAUUACACCUUAUUUUAUUCAAAUUUAAUAUAUUUUUAUUUAAUGUUAUUUAUUUUAAAUGUUCAACAAAAAUUUUUAAUAUAUUUUAACCCAGCUUCCUUAAUUUUAUUUCAUAACUUAGCUGUAAAACUGCUACUGAAAAGAAAUAUUGAAAAAAAUGUUUAAUAAUCCAUACUUCAUUCAUACAAUAAGUUGUAAAAACAAAUUAACUGCACAUGAAUUCAAUAACUAUUCAAUUAUGAAGUUCAUCUGAAAUACUGGUAUGAUGUAUUAAACUACAUUCAAGAAAAGCUACUGUUAUUCCUGCUAUAACAAAACAUUAUUUGUAUUUGCAAACAUUACAAAUGACAAAUAUACACAUAUAUACAUACA